UCAUCCGGUCCAGCAACGUGCACGCAAGGCUAUUGCCGAUUCAAGAUAGAUAGUUAGGAAGAGAGAGAGAGAGAAAGAAAAAAAACUACGGGCGCUCUGAACCGACCACCGCAGACCGACACUGAAGGCGUUCGGUGCCACAUCUUGGGAUCCGGUCCUCAAGCUCGCGGGGAUUUGCGGCGAUUUGCGAAGGUACGGGAGAAGCAGACCAGAAUAGCAUGACCUGCAAGAUGACUUCAUUAAUAAUAUUAGCAACAGCGCUGGUCAUGACGCGUGCCCAAAGCUCUCUCACGACUGACCAUGCUUAUCGACAGGUGAUGACAACGUGUUUCGGAGAAGACCUGUUUUUCGGCCUCAUUAAGACCUUUAAUGACAUCUUGCGCGAGUGUUCCCAGAAGGAGUUUGACUUCGAGGAUGCCCCGCCCCUGGACUACGUUGCGCUCUUUGACACACUGGCGCGCAAUGGUCUCCGCCCUCAACCUCUGCCAGUGUCCCAGCCUCCUCUCUCUCCUGUCGUACCCACCACGUUUCACCUGGCAGCCGUGACCGUAACCGAGAGACUCGCCAACUACACGUGCGCCUUGGACAAGCUGGAGGUGAUCAAUGAGGACUUCGACCUCCAGUACGAAAGAAUAAAAGAAGACCUUGACAAUUUACGAAUCGACGAAGAGCUGAAGGAGGACCUAAAGAAUGCAACUGAUUUCUGCAAAGAUCUGGUGGAGUGCAUGCCAGAGCCUCCCAUUCGAACCGUCAUUACCCCGAAGCUUCGCCGCAUCAUGGGCUUCCUCAGGUGCGAGAGAGAGACGAGGUACCAGGCCUGCGUCAAACACGAUUACCGGAAGCGUUUGACCCAGUAUGACCUGACCGAACUCCCGGUGGUUGAUGGCGUGAAACCUCUUGAUAUGCUGGUGGCGCUGAUGAGCUUUGCGGAGAACAGGAAUGAGUUCUUGGUGUACUAGAGUUGGA